UUUCAAUUUGUUUCUGAACCCCUGUGUACAAUCUUUUUGUCAAUUAUAUUUUUUGCAAACUAAGAAAUUCAGAUUUUUUACUUUUAAUGUUUUUAACAAAAGUGAAACUUGUAUAUGUAUUUUCACAUUUCAAACAAUACAUAGGUCGUCGACAACCUAAUAGAAAUGUUGGUACACGAGAUGAAGAAUCCAUAGAUCUGAUGCAAGGAACUCCUAUAGAAAUAACAAACCGAGCCCAAAGACCAAAAAAUGUGUUUGAUAAAGCGAAAGACUUUCUUACUAAGGAAGGCAUGGUAGUGAUUACAGGAGUUCAGGGAUCUGGUAAAACAUUUUUAGCGAAAUCUUUAGUCAAUGAUCUACACAUGGAUGGCAACAUAAAGGAAUGUUCUAAGAUUUGUAGUCUCAGUCAAUUGUAUGUUGGAGCGAGUGACAAAAUAGAUAUCUAUAUAAUCGAUGACAUAUUUUAUGAGUUACAAUUGUAUGAGAAAUUCAAAGAAACUCUUGAAGCUCUCAAUGAGUUUUUAGAUGCGGCUGAAAAAACCCCUGUUAUCAUCACCAUUCCUUCAUACACUUGGAUGUGUAAUAAAGACGAAUUUGACCAUAAGUUUUAUAAAGUGCAAGUAGAUUUAGAUGAAAGAGAAGAGAGUGAGAAAUUAGCUAUGUUAAACACUUUAAAAACGCAAUAUGAUGUAUCCCGCGAACAAAUGGAGAAACUGAUUGAAUUGCAAAAUGAAAUACUGGUAACAUCACAUGCGUGCAUUGGUUUUCCGGCAUUUGUUUCAUGGAUGUACAAACAGCCAAGCAUUGAAAAAAUGAAGAAAUGUCUUAGUCAUCCACUGAAAUUGAUGAGUGAAGAAAUCUCUUCGAUAAAAAAAGCAGAAACAGUAGAAGAAAGAGGGAAGUUUUUGGUAUUAUCGUAUAUUUGUCUCAGAGAUGGAAGAAUAAAUGUUAAAAAUGUUGACAAGGAACUAUUAGAUUCUUUAAAGGAAUGUUAUGCUCCUGAAUUCGAGGAUGAGGAUUUACCGAAAUACUGUGAAAGCAUGGUGGGUUAUUAUCUGUUGACUGAUGAAAACGGUUGGUUUGAAUUUGAUUUGAAUAUCAUGAAAAAGAUUGUGUUUGUUAGUUUAGCAAAUGAUGAUACAGCGUUUGUUAAAAAACAUUGCAAAAAUGAUUACUUUAAGUAUGUAAUAAAUAAAAAAGAUCUUUGUCCUAGAAAUGUUGAGGAAUGGUACACAGAAUGUUUUACGAAGGUUUAGGAAAUGUAUCUCAAUAAUAAAGUGAAAACAUUUUUACUUAUCAAAUAUUUUAUUACAUGCAACGGGACAUAAUUGAAUUUAGUACUAUUUUUAAUUAAUCUAAAAAUAUUAAUAUAAAGGAGUAUUUGCCUCUUUUUACAUAUUUUUAAUAUGAAUACCAUUUACUAGCAUUGAUGUAGUAAGCGUUAAAAAAUGAGGAUUGGUGUUAAACAUGAUGUAAGAUGUUUUCUUUGUAAUUUUGUACUGUCAAUAUAUUCUGAAACAAUCAAGCAUAAAUGUUGCUAUAUAUCUUGUGUUUUAUGGCAAACCUUUUGAAAAACUUUUGACGAGCCUAAGACCACAGGGCAAAGGUGCAAAAGCUACAUCUUUUGUAUACAAUUUGUAUCUUGUUUUUACUAUAUCACAACACAACCUUACACACAC